AUGAGCGAUGCAGAGAUGGAAGUUUUUGGGGUGGCGGCCCCGUAUCUGCGCAAAUCAGAGCGGGAGAGGAUCGCGGCGCAAAACAUGCCUUUUGACGCCAAAACAGCCAUUUUUGCCCCCGACCCCAAGCAUGAGUAUGUGCGGGGCAAAAUCAGAAACCAAGAUGGCUCCAACAUCACUGUGGAGACGGAGGAAGGAAAGCUCAUCAUGGCACACAUCGAUGACCUCCGCCCCAUGAACCCUCCAAAGUUUGAUAAGAUCGAGGACAUGGCGCUGCUGACACAUCUGCAUGAACCCGCCGUGCUCUUCAACCUCAAAGACCGAUACGUCGCCUGGAUGAUCUACACGUACUCCGGCCUCUUCUGUGUGACUGUGAAUCCUUAUAAGUGGCUUCCGGUGUACAACCCGGAGGUGGUGGCAGCGUACCGCGGGAAGAAACGUCAGGAGGCUCCUCCGCACAUCUUCUCCAUCUCUGACCACGCGUACCAGUACAUGCUCACAGAUCGAGAGAAUCAGUCCAUCCUGAUCACCGGAGAAUCCGGUGCCGGGAAAACCGUCAACACAAAGAGAGUCAUCCAGUAUUUUGCAACAAUUGCAUCAAUUGGAGACUCGAGCAAGAAAGAGCAGCUGCCCAGCAAAAUGCAGGGGACUCUGGAGGAUCAAAUCAUCCAGGCCAACCCGCUGCUGGAAGCUUUCGGGAACGCCAAGACCGUCAGGAACGACAACUCCUCCAGAUUUGGAAAAUUCAUCCGCAUCCACUUUGGAACAAAGGGGAAAUUGGCCUCAGCUGAUAUUGAAACAUACCUUUUGGAAAAAUCCAGAGUGACGUUCCAGCUGCCGGCAGAGAGAAGUUAUCACAUCUUCUAUCAGAUCUUGUCAAACAAGAAGCCUGAUUUAAUCGAAAUGAUGCUGAUAACCACAAACCCAUACGACUACCCGUUCAUCAGUCAGGGUGAGAUCACCGUGCUGAGCAUCAACGACACCGAGGAGCUGAUGGCCACCGACAGGGCGAUUGACAUCCUCGGCUUCAACGCGGAGGAGAAGGUCGGCAUCUACAAGCUGACCGGCGCCGUGAUGCAUUAUGGGAACAUGAAGUUCAAGCAGAAGCAGCGAGAGGAGCAGGCGGAGCCCGACGGCACCGAGGUGGCAGAUAAAGUGGCCUACCUGAUGGGUCUGAACUCUGCCGACCUGCUGAAGGCGCUCUGCUACCCCCGAGUGAAGGUCGGGAACGAGUACGUCACCAAAGGUCAAACGCCUCAGCAGGUGAACAACGCGAUGGGCGCGCUCUCUAAGGCGGUUUAUGAGAAGCUGUUUCUGUGGAUGGUCACCAGGAUCAACCAGCAGCUCGACACCAAACUGCCGAGACAGCAUUUUAUCGGCGUGCUGGAUAUCGCAGGAUUCGAGAUUUUUGAGAUGAACAGUCUGGAGCAGCUCUGCAUCAACUUCACCAACGAGAAGCUGCAACAGUUUUUCAACCACCACAUGUUCGUGUUGGAGCAAGAGGAGUACAAGAAGGAAGGCAUCGCCUGGGAGUUCAUCGACUUCGGCAUGGACCUGGCCGCCUGCAUCGAGCUCAUAGAAAAGCCGAUGGGCAUCUUCUCCAUCCUGGAGGAGGAGUGCAUGUUCCCGAAGGCCACCGACGGCUCCUUUAAGAACAAACUCUACGACCAGCACCUGGGCAAGAACAGCAUCUUCCAGAAGCCCAAGCUGUCCAAAGGGAAGGCCGAGGCUCACUUCUCGCUCAUGCACUACGCCGGCACGGUGGACUACAACAUCAGCGGCUGGCUGGAGAAGAACAAAGACCCUCUGAACGACACGGUGGUGCAGCUUUACCAGAAAGCCUCCCUGAAGCUGCUCUCUCAGCUGUUUGCCACAUACUCAACUGCUGACGGUCAGGGCACUUUAAAUCACAUAUUACAAAGCACCAAGAAGAAAGGAUCUUCUUUUCAGACGGUUUCUGCACUUUUCAGGGAAAACCUGAAUAAGCUGAUGGCCAACCUCCGCUCCACUCAUCCACACUUUGUCAGAUGCAUCAUCCCAAAUGAAACCAAGACUCCAGGCUCCAUGGAUCACCACCUGGUGCUGCACCAGCUGCGCUGUAACGGCGUGCUGGAAGGAAUCCGCAUCUGCAGGAAAGGAUUCCCCAGCAGGAUCCUCUACGGAGACUUCAAGCAGAGGUACAGGAUCCUGAACGCCAGUGCGAUCCCUGAGGGUCAGUUCAUCGACAGUAAGAAGGCGUCAGAGAAACUUCUGUCCUCCAUCGACGUGGAUCACGCUCAGUACAGAUUCGGAUACACGAAGGUGUUUUUUAAAGCGGGCCUGCUGGGUCUGCUGGAGGAGAUGAGGGACGAGCGUCUGGCUGUGCUGCUGACUCGAAUCCAGGCCGUUUCCAGAGGAUACGUCACCAGACAGAGACUGAAGGAGAUGCUGAAGAAAAGAGAGUCGAUUUUCGUCAUCCAGUACAACAUCCGCUCCUUCAUGAACGUGAAGAACUGGCCGUGGAUGCGUCUCUUCUUCAAGAUAAAGCCUCUGUUGCGCAGCGCAGAGGCCGAGAAGGAGAUGCAGAACAUGAAGGAGGAGUUUGCACGGCUCAAAGAGGAGCUGGCGAAGUCGGAGGGUCGGAGGAAGGAGCUGGAGGAGAAGAUGGUGAUGCUGGUCCAGGAGAAGAACGACCUUUACCUUCAGAUCCAGGCGGAGAGGGAGAACCUGUGCGAUGCCGAGGAGAGGUGUGAAGGUCUGAUAAAGAGCAAGAUUCACCUUGAGGCCAAAGUCAAAGAGUUCUCCGAGAGGAUGGAGGAGGAGGAGGAGAUCAACGCUGAGAUCACAGCCAAGAAGAGGAAGCUGGAGGACGAGUGCUCGGAGCUGAAGAGAGACAUCGAUGACCUCGAACUCACCAUCGCCAAAGUGGAGAAGGAGAAAUAUGCAACAGAGAAUAAAGUUAAGAACUUGGUCGAGGAGCUCACAACUCUGGAGGAGAAACUGCUGAAGUCUUCAAAGGAGAUCAGAAGUCUGCAGGAGGUUCACCAGCAGACGUUAGACGACCUGCAGGCUGAGGAGGACAAGGUGAACUCUCUGAUGAAGACCAAGAUCAAGCUGGAGCAACAGGUGGACGACCUGGAGGGCUCUCUGGAGCAGGAGAAGAAGGUGAACGCUGACUUGGAGAGAUCCAGAAGGAAACUGGAGGGGGACCUGAAGCUGUCUCAGGAGACCAUCAUGGACCUGGAGAAUGAAAGACAGCAAAUAGAAGAGAGGCUGAAGAAAAAGGAUUUUGAAAUAAUCAACCUGCAGUGCAAAAUUGAUGACGAGCAAGUUCUCAACACUCAGCUGCAAAAGAAGAUCAAAGAGCUUCAGGCUCGCAGCGAGGAGCUGGAGGAGGAGAUCGAGGCCGAGCGCUCUGCUCGGGCCAAAGUGGAGAAACAGAGGUGUGAACUGUCCCGAGAGCUGGAGGAGAUCAGCGAGCGGCUGGAGGAGGCCGGAGGAGCCACCGCCGCUCAGGCUGAGAUGAACAAGAAGCGCGAGGCCGAGUACCAGCGGCUGCGGCGAGACCUAGAGGAGUCGACGUUGCAGCACGAGUCCAUCGCCACCACGCUGCGCAAGAAGCAGGCAGACAGCGUCGCCGAGCUCAGCGAGCAGAUAGAAAACCUGCAGAGAGUCAAACAGAAGCUGGAGAAGGAGAAGAGCGAACUGAAGAUGGAGAUCGACGACAUGGCGAGCAACAUGCAGAGCGUUCUGAAGAGCAAGGCUAAUCUGGAGAAACUGUGCAGAAGCUUUGAAGACCAAAUGAACGAAUAUAAAACCAAAGCAGAUGAAGCUCAGAGGUCUCUGAGUGAUUACACGACGCUCUGUGCUCGCCAACAAACAGAAAAUGGUGAGCUGACGCGUCUGCUGGAGGAGAAAGAAAUCACUCUGUCUCAGCUGACCAGAGCAAAAUCUGCAGGGAGUCAACAGAUCGAAGAGCUGAAAAGACUUUUGGACGAAGACAUUAAGGCGAAGAGCGCCCUGGCUCACAGUCUGCAGUCGUCUCGCCACGACUGCGAGCUGCUCAGAGAGCAGUACGAGGAGGAGCAGGAGGCCAAGGCAGAGCUGCAGCGCUGCCUGUCCAAAGCCAACAGCGAGGUUGCUCAGUGGAGGACGAAAUACGAAACCGACGCCAUCCAACGCACCGAGGAGCUCGAGGAGGCCAAGAAGCGUCUGGCCCAGCGGCUUCAGGAGUCUGAGGAGAUGACAGAGGCCGCAAAUGUCAAGUGUGCAUCUCUGGAGAAAACCAAACACCGGCUGCAGGCGGAGGUGGAGGAUCUCAUGGUCGAGCUGGAGAGGUCAAACGCUGCAAACGCCACUUUGGAUAAGAAGCAGAGGAACUUUGACAAGGUUCUGGCUGAGUGUAAACAGAAAUAUGAGGAGAGUCAGUCAGAUCUGGAGGUUUCCCAGAGAGAGUCCAGAGUGCUCAGUACUGAACUCUUCAAGCUGAAAAACUCGUACGAAGAAGCUCUGGAUCAUCUGGAGACCAUGAAAAGAGACAAUAAAAACCUUCAGCAGGAGAUCACAGAAAUCACAGACCAACUUGGACAAUCUGCCAAAACCAUCCAUGAACUGGAGAAAGCUGCAAAACAAGCUGAACAGGAGAAGAGAGAAACCCAGGCAGCUCUAGAGGAAGUUGAGUCGUCACUGGAGCACGAAGAGGCCAAAAUCCUGCACCUCCAACUGGAGCUGAAUCAGAUCAAGGCAGAAGUGGACAGGAAGGUGGCGGAGAAAGACGAAGAACUGGAUCAGCUCAAGAGGAAUCACCAGAGGACCGUGGACACGCUGCAGAACUCGCUGGACGCCGAGACGCGCAGCAGGAACGACGCCGUCCGGACGAAGAAGAAGAUGGAGGGAGAUCUGAACGAGAUGGAGCUGCAGCUCGGGCACGCCAACCGCCAGGCGGCCGAGGCCACCAAACAGAUGAGGAACCUGCAGGCUCAGCUCAAGGACGUUCAGGUCCAUCUGGACGAGGCGUUGCACUGCCAGGAGGACUUUAAGGAACAGCUCGCCAUCACAGAGCGCCGCAACAACCUGAUGAUGGCCGAGAACGAGGAGAUCCGGGCGGCGCUGGAGCAGUCGGAGAGAAGCCGCAAGCUGGCAGAGCAGGAGCUGGUCGACGUCAGCGAGAGGAUCCAGCUGCUGCACUCUCAGAACUCCGGCAUCUUAAAUGCUAAAAAGAAGAUGGAGUCAGAUUUAGCUCAGCUGCAGUCAGAGAUGGAGGACACGGCUCAGGAGGCGAGGAACGCCGAUGAAAAGGCCAAAAAAGCCAUCAUGGAUGCUGCCAUGAUGGCCGAGGAGCUGAAGAAAGAGCAGGACACCUGUGCUCACCUGGAGAGGAUGAAGAAGAACCUGGAGGUGUCAGUGAAAGAUCUGCAGCAGCGUCUAGACGAAGCCGAGCAGAUAGCACUGAAGGGAGGAAAGAAAGAGCUCCAGAAACUGGAAAACAAGUUGCGUGAGCUGGAAAAUGAGCUGGAUUCAGAGCAGAAACGCAGCGCAGAGGCGAUGAAAGGUGUGCGGAAAUAUGAGAGGAAAAUUAAAGAGCUCACUUAUCAGGGUGAGGAGGAGAAGAAGAGCGUGGCGAGACUUCAGGAUUUAGUCAACAAACUGCAGCUGAAAGUCAAAGUGUAUAAGCGGCAGUGUGAGGAGGCGGAGGAACAAACCAGCAUCCAUCUGGCUAAAGCUCGCAAGGUGCAGCAUGAACUGGAGGAAGCCGAGGAACGAGCCGAUAUCGCAGAGUCGCAGCUGAAUAAAUUACGAGCAAAGAGCCGUGAUGUUGUCGGUAAAGGGGAAUAAAAAAAAUAAUAAUACACCGGUACAAUCCACUGUGGAAACCAUGUAUCUUCAAAAUGUCAUUAUCUGAGGAGAAUAUAAAAACUUUGUGACAAUGCAUUUUCCAGCUAAUCCAGUGGUUUUGAAAUGGUUUUAGUUUUUUUAAGAAGUAGAAUUUUUGUUAGUUGUAAAGACAUUUCACUCACAUUAUAAAAUGUAAACCUCAUGAAGGCUGUAGAGGCAUAGUCAGUAGGGUUCAUCGUCUGGGGAACAUGAAUGUCUGAACCAAACAUCGAACUAUUAUAUCCAAUAGUUGUUGAGA